UUUUCAUUCUCGUUCCACGCGCCGCAUGUGCUGCGUUGUUUUGUCCUCCCGCGUACAAAAAUCCGAUUUAUAAACGUAACCGGCACCAUGACCGAUGAUUCGGGAAGUGAAAACGGUUCCGUCGAAGCGCCCGUGAACGGAAUCGAGCCGGAGGCGAAGCCAGCCAAGCGCAGGAAUGCCUUCGAAGACGGCGGCGGCUCGGAUGACGAUGGGGGCGGAGGAGGAGGAGGUCGUUUCAGCAAGAACGCGGUCCGUAAACGCAGCCGGGAGUUUAUCCACCGGCAGUGCCGGCUGAUUGUGCGGAACGUGUCGUACCAGAUUACGGACAAGAAGCUGCGGGAGGCGUUCGAGAAGUUUGGAACGCUGGAGGAGGUGAACAUUUUGAAGCGUCCGGACGGGCGGUUGGUGGGUUGUGCUUUUUUGCAGUACACGAAGAAGGAGGAGUCGGACAAGGCUAUUGCGAACAUGGACGGGGAUGUGUUUAUGGGGCGGAAGCUGGAAGUGAAAUACGCGAUGCACAAGAAGGGAUUCGAGCGGAUGAAGACGGAGGUCAAGAAGGAGGAGGAGAUUAAGGAGGAAGAGCCGGAAGAUGAGGAUGUGCAGGAAACGGAAAUUAAAGAAGAGUCGGAGGAGGAGGAGGAAGCUGACGGUAGUGACCAGGAGGAAGAGGAGGAGGACGACGAUGAGGAUGAAGAUGAGGAAGAGGUCAAAAGCGAACCUUCAGACGACGAGGACAAAAAGGACAUCAAGCCUCCGGUUGUGGCCAGACAGAAGAACCACACGGAAAUCGAAGAGGGUAGAACGGUGUUCCUGAAGAACGUUCCUUACGACGCGGACGAGUCUUCUCUGAAAGACGUGAUGAGUCAGUUCGGAAUCGUCGAGCGGGUGCUCAUCAACAAGGAACGCAUAUCCGGCCACCCAAAGGGAACGGCGUUCGUCAUCUUCAAGCUAAAAGAUUCCGCCGAUAUGAGUCGCAAGCAGAGCUACAAGCUGCAGGUCAACAAUCAGUUCAUCGAGAUUGUCGAGGCACUCAAGAAGAAGGACAUCAAAGACAAAGAGAACCAGAAGAACGAAAGGCACGGAAAAGACUCCAGAAAUCUGUACCUACUGAAGGAGGGUCUCAUCAUGGCGGGAUCUCCAGCGGCCAAAGACGUAUCCAAGACCGACAUGGCGCAACGUCUCCGACUGGAGCAAAAGUGUUCGCAAAUGUUGAAGAACCUUAGCCGGUUCGUUGCCCGCGAACGUCUCACCAUCCACAAUCUACCCGAGCAGUACACCAGCAACGAUCUGCGAAAAAUGGUCCAAAAGUUCACCAACCAAAACCCGCAAGAGUGUCGUGUCAUGCGUGAAAAUCGCCCCUCCUUCGGCAACCCAUCCGGAAAAUCCCGUGGCUACGGGUUCCUCUCCUUCAAGAAGCACGAAAUCGCCCUGGAAGUCCUCCGCAAGCUCAACAACAACCCCUCCGUCUUCGGCAAAAACACCCGACCGAUCGUGUCGUUCAGCGUCGAAGAUCGCAAGGUGCACACCAUCAAGCUGCAACGCCUUCAAAAGUCCAAACUCAACAACCCAACCUACCAGGACAAGCUGGAGAAGCUCCGCGAGAAAAAGAAGGAAAAAUUCCUGCGCAAAAAAGAGCAAAAGAAAACCGAACGCGAGCAGAUGGCCAUCGUCCCGCACGCCCAGCCAAACGACGCCCACAAGCACAAACCCCCCACAAAACCCGCCAAAAAGGAGCGUAAGCGAAAGCUGGCCGAAAGCACCGAGGAGUUCACCGGGGAAAUCUCCCGCCAGGGCCGGGUAGGAAUCCGCUCGAACCGCAAGAUCAACUUCCAAGCGGACGCCCACAUGGAGCGGCUCAAGGAGGAGAAGAAGGACGCCCGCAAGAAGCGCGUCAAGGCCGAACACGAGCGCAACCGGCAGCAGAAGGCAACGCGACGCGUCAAGCCGAAGCAGACGGGACUGGCGGAGCUGCGCAAGGAGGAUCAGUACUUCCAACAGACGGUGGGCAAGUACAAGGACAUUAUCAGCAAGGCGGCGACGGCGGCCGGGAAGACGACCGAGCGAAGCAAGUGGUACAGUGCGUGAGGUGGGGAUGAGCGCCGCCGGGGUUAGGGGAAG